AGAAAGCAGUGUCGAUAGUCAGUUUCCAGAGAACGAAUGAAUGUAGCUUAGGCUAGGCCCAGGCCUAUGUUUGUUUGUUUGUUGUUUUUUUGGAAUGCAAAGAAUGGCCUCAAUCUCAACAAAACAUAACUAUGAAUGUGUGGCUGAUAGAAAGCCAAAAUCUAAUGUGCUGGAAUGUAGAGUAUGUGAUGAUGUGUUUAGUCUUCAGGGCAAGAAAGUGCCUCGGCUUCUUCACUGUGGACAUACUCUAUGUCAUGAAUGUUUGACCAGACUUCCAGUUUAUGGUGGGGCAGUGCUUUGUCCAUUUGACCGGCAAGCAACUCAACUAACAGAUUCAGGAGUUGCGGGCUUGAAGAAGAACUUUGCACUUAUUGAUCUCAUUGAAAGAUUGCACAUUUCGAAAGAACAGUUUAAUAUCCUACGAGAUACUUUACCGAAUACUGCUACUGAUAAGACUUGUAUACAGUGUGAUGAAAACGAAGAACAUAAGGCUGUGAUUUACUGCACUGUAUGUAGCACUAAUCUCUGUGCCCCAUGUGCACUAAGUACGCACUCAACUCGGACACUAGCCAAGCACAAGCGUAUCCCGUUAUCUGAGAAGCCGCGGGAGCGGCCAGCAUGCAACAUUCACACGCCACACCUUGUCGAGUUCUCAUGCUUAGAGCCGGAGUGCCAGUCCAACCCGUUGAUGUGUUCACUUUGUAAAGAUCACGGAAUCCACAAAUCACAUAAGUGUUCUGCUUUGAGCCAAGAGGCAAGUAUGACGAGGAUAACCAUUAAGGAGACAGUGCUUCAGAUCAGACCAUUUAUUGACGAGAUUUCGGAGCUUAUGCAAAAGCUAAGCACAACCAUUGAAGAGAUAGAAGGUGGUACACGUUUAGUGGAAGACCUGGAUGGCAUUGCCGAGCCUAGACAUAUUCCAGGGACAGCUGAGAUUGUUAGGUCCCGUGUACGUCAACAUUUUCAGGAACUCCAUGAAACUCUGCAACGGCAAGAGGAUGUUGCACAAAGUGUCAUUGAUUCGCACCUACGUGAACGAUUGUAUGUUUUGCGACACCAGCAAGAAGCGUUCUCAAAUAUGAUGUCACAAGUAACCACAAUUUGCCUUCAGUGUGACAGGGCAUUGCAAUAUGAUAACGCUAGGGUCCUACUAGCAAGGACAGAAAUUAACAAACUUUUGGAAUCUUUGCGAAUUCAUCAACAGCAGUUCAAUGAACUUUCACAGAACACUCAGCUCAGUCCUGGAAUUCCUAUUACAUUCACAAAGGAUAAUCGUGUUCACAUUGGGCCUAAGAUGGAAAUGAGAGUUGUGGUAUUAGGUUUGGAUAAUGCGGGCAAGACGAGUAUCUUAUUCAAACUGAAGCAGAAUGAAUUCAUUCAGACAAUACCAACAAUAGGCUUCAAUGUUGAAACAGUGGAGUAUCGCAAUCUGAACUUCACCAUUUGGGAUGUAGGUGGCGAUCCUAAACUCAGGCCAUUAUGGAAGCACUACUACCUCAAUACACAAGCUGUAGUAUUUGUUGUGGACAGCUGUGAUUCAGAGCGCAUAGAGGAAGCGUACGAUGAGCUGGCUGCCCUCAUGUCCGAGAAACAACUUAGAGAUGCAGUGGUGCUUGUUUUUGCUAAUAAACAGGAUAUUUCUGGAGCCAUCGGUAUCGACGUCAUCUCCGAACGACUCUCACUACACAAGCUGUGUUUUGGACGUAGUUGGUUCAUCCAGCCAUGUGAUGCUCAAAGUGGCACAGGCCUUAAGGAUGGUUUAGAGUGGCUCUCGAGGCAGCUGGUUGCUGCUGGGGUAAUGGAUAUAGCAUAAUAUAUAUAUAGCUGUAGAUUGUAUAUGAUAUUCUGUCAUGGCUUGAUGUAACUACUAGUGUUUUAUAUCUUUAGUACAAGUUUACCAGAGUGCCAUUUUUUUUUUUAUUGUACCAGUUGACGGUACUAGUUACAUAAAACCUUGGUAUGAAUUUACUGAGAUGCCGACAUGUUAUGGUACCAAUUAUUGGUAAUAGUGUAUUAGUCCUUGGUACAAGUUGACUACUGUACCUGUUAGGUGUGGUACUAGUUAACACUACUAGUAAGCGUAAAAGUCCAUGGUGUGAAUUGACUAGGUUGCCUGUUAAGUAGGGUAGUUAAUGCUACUAGUGUAAAAGUCCUUGGUAUGCGAGUCCACUAAGAUCCUUUUUAUGAAACCAUCCCAGCUUCAUAGAUAUGUGUAACACAAAAUACAAAGUAGUCAACCUAUCAUUCCCAUAUGACAUGCUCAGGUCAUAUAAGCCUGUAUUUAUCUAUGAAUAUAGGAAAUAUACAUCCUGAUCUUGCGUGCAUUGAUUGAGUUGCAACAUUUCUUUCUACUUACGCCUACUAACAGUUAGAAUGUACAGUAUAGGUCAUUAUGACAUCAUCAUGUGGGAAUUCCCCUUAUGACAUCAUUACUGUUGUUCACCUUAUCAACUUCAUAUUGUGCAAUGUUGGGUGGCAACCGUUAACCAGCCUUCAGUAUUUUCAGUAAGUUACUGUAUACUAAAACUUGAUGAUUCUAUUUAUUUUUACUCUAAAUUAGCUUCAUCAUCUACCAUUUGUGUUGCAAAUAUAAUUUGCUUUCACCAAUUUGUGUUUCAUUUUGAGACCCAUGUUUGACUUGUAAACUUUCAUGACUGUACAAAACAUUUGUUGAAUAUAUACACUGCCAAUUGUAAAUAAUAUAAAAAGAGUGAAUGUUAUUCUUCUUCAUGAGGAUUACAAUAUAAAAAAGAUGUAAAAUAGAUGAUAGUGACCUAUAACAGGUCACUACAUAAUGGGAGAUUUUGAUUUGAAGCAACAUAGAACUAAUGGCGUCAUGUUAAUUUAACUGUGCAUGUGUGAACGUUGUGCAUUUACAUUCUCCUAAAAUCUGCAUUGGUUGUUGGCUGAAUCUACAUCUAGGCCAACAAGGACUAUACUGUAAUGUAUCAAACAAUUGGUGCAUCAAUCUUUUGUGUUUGUGAUAUAUCCGCAUACGUGUUGUAAAAAAUUGAUUUAAAGUAAAACGUAGAAUGUAUGCAACGGCAGUCAAGAAUGCUCCGAAACGUUCUGACAUCUAAAACAAAAAAUGGUACUAAUUUUGGCCAUUUCAAGCAUUACAGAGACAUUUUAGAAUGCAUUCCAUUAUCCCAAAAGAGUUAAAAUUGGAUUGAAAAAAAAAUGUUGCCUUCUUUUGUCCGAUGGGUUGUGUCCAAGAUGUGGUUGGGGUGGGGAGAGCAAGAUGGCUUGUCCACCUGCUGGGGUAGCAAGAACCAUAACAUUUUUUAUAUUGAAUGUUUUUUAAGAACAGCAUUUUUGUGAAUUUUAAAUGUAGAGAAAUUUUGUAAUAAUUCUUCCUUGUUUAGUUACUUCCAUUUAUUAACUACAUAUCCUUGUGACUAAAGUUUAUCUCUUUAAAUUAUCACCCACAAAGAACUUAUUUUAAAGAAAUAAUUUUACAUUUUGUAUUUGAUCUUUUUUCUAACAAUCAAUAUUUUUCAAUGCGUUGCAGAAAUAUAAACAUUGUGAUUCUAGUUUGAGGUUUAAAUCAAUAUAUUAUAUGAAAGAUGAGGAUUAAUGACAAAUAGAAUUGUGAAGCAGUUGUUAGUUUUUGAACUUUUCUACAUUUUAAUGAUGAUAAUAAUUUUGAUGUGUGUGUUUUUUGAUGAUAAGAACAAGUGUACAGUAUCUUCAAUAUAAUUAUUGAUAAAGAUACUGGAAUCAUUUGGUGGCUUUAGGAUAUACUUUUAAGCUGUCUGACAGGGGGCCUGAAUAUUUUGUGGAGGUUUUCUAGAUUAUGAAGAUUCCGUUGGGAUCGGACAGAAAUAUGAAUGAAAUUUAAGGAUGAGAAAUGUAUUUCCUAGCUUUGUACAUAUGUAAUGCUGAUCAUUUUAUUGUUGUGUUGUUUACAUGUUUGAAACAAGUAAAAAUAUUUAAAACAGUAUUUAAUCUAAAUUUUGUUAAAUUAUUAUACAUAUUUGAAUAUCUGUAUCACAUAAAUGAAAUGCAAUUAUUGCCAAAAUAUCGGUGACUAUUUAAAUAUAUUUAAUAUUCAUAAUCUAUGAUGAUAAAGAUGAUUAUUAUAGUGUUUGUUUUGUACUGUAUAUAGUGAGAUGCUUCUCUGUAAAACAAAAGCUUCAUUAAAGCCUGUCUUCUCAGCAUGUGUUCAAACUAGCAGUCAUUCUUAAAAUAAUUUCACUAUUGGUACACAAUAACUUUUCUCAUAAUAAGCGAUUUAUUCUUCAAAAUUGUCAAAAAUUUAUUAUUUACAGAAAUAAAUAUGCUGCAAUAAGAGCAGGCUUAUCAUUUA